GCUAGCAACAUCUUUCUUGCAACUGUCAUUAUUCCAAGCUAACUUGCCACAACUUCCUAGGUGUACAAAUUGCUGACUUUCACAAGCCUAGAGAUCAGAGCUAGGGAUGACUGGCUACAGCUCACUGCACUAGGGUUAGUUUAGCUAACAGAUUAUUGGCACAGCCUUUUGGUGUUGAAGCUUAGUCACAAAAUGCUCUUAGACAGAGUCAGAUCCAACUCACAGAAGACUUCAGACAUGAGAGGAUACAGCAACAACGAAAUCCCCAUGUGUGCCGGCUGCAAUCAACAUAUUGUGGACAGAUUUAUCCUGAAGGUUCUGGACAGACACUGGCACAGCAAGUGCCUGAAAUGUAGUGAUUGUGAAAUCCAGCUAGCUGAGAAAUGCUUUAGCAGAGGGGACAGUGUGUAUUGCAAAGAUGACUUCUUUAAGAGGUUUGGGACAAAAUGUGCAGCAUGCCAACAAGGGAUCCCCCCUACCCAGGUGGUGAGGAGGGCGCAGGAAUUUGUUUAUCAUCUGCACUGCUUCUCCUGCAUUGUGUGUAAGAGGCAGCUGGCUACCGGGGAUGAAUUUUAUCUGAUGGAAGACAGCAGGCUGGUGUGUAAGGCAGACUAUGAGACAGCCAAGCAGAGAGAAGCCGAAUCAACAGCAAAAAGGCCAAGGACCACAAUAACCGCAAAGCAGCUGGAGACAUUGAAAAGUGCCUAUAACAACUCUCCGAAACCUGCACGGCACGUACGUGAGCAGCUGUCCUCCGAAACUGGCCUGGACAUGAGAGUGGUGCAGGUUUGGUUUCAGAACAGAAGAGCAAAAGAAAAGCGUCUAAAGAAAGAUGCAGGAAGACAACGAUGGGGACAAUAUUUUAGAAACAUGAAAAGAUCAAGAGGGAGCUCUAAAUCUGAUAAAGACAGUAUUCAGGAGGAAGGGCCAGACAGUGACGCAGAGGUGUCCUUCACAGAUGAACCUUCUAUGUCUGAAUUAAACCACUCCAAUGGGAUAUACAAUACUUUGAAUGAGACAUCCCCAGUUUUGGGCAGACAGGCUGGAAGUAAUGGUGCUUUUUCUUUAGAACAUGGUGGGAUCCCUGCCCCCGAUCAAUAUCAUGAUCUAAGAUCGAAUAGUCCAUAUGGAAUCCCCCAUUCUCCAGCAUCCUUGCAGGCCAUGUCAGGUCACCAGCCUUUGAUUUCAAGCUUGGGUUUCCCAGACACAGGAUUGGGAAUUAUAGGUCAAGGUGGACAAGGGUUGCCCCCUUCAAUGAGAGUCUUGGGAACAAAUGGACCAAGUUCUGAUCUGUCUACUGGCAGCAGUGGUGGAUAUCCAGAUUUCCCUGCAAGCCCUGCUUCUUGGUUGGACGAAGUUGACCAUGCUCAGUUUUGAUACGAAACUUAUUUUAUCGUGUUUCACCUUGGAGCAUUAAAGACAGGAAUAUAAAUGUUUUAUUGGAUGUUAACAUAAAUCAAGAGUAUAAUAAAAUGAGAAGGAUUUACCAGGAUAUUGGUUAUUAAGGGCACAGGAAGUUUAAAGAUUCAGAGAACUUGAAAUCAUCUUUAUUCAUCUUGCGCUGCUAAUCAAGAUUCCCUCUCCUUUGCUUUGCUAAGACUCUCGUGUUGUGUUAUGUUGUCAGAACAUUAAUUUACAAAAAAAUUGUAUAAAGAAAAGACUUGUACACAACUAUUAUAGAUUUACAUGACUUAAGUAAGUUUAUUCAUGUUUUUCUUCUGGACUACA